ACUGAACAGGGAGGAGCUGUGAAACUUUGCUUCAGGCAGUUAAUUCUGGUGCUGAGGGCUUUGCUUCAACAAUCGACCCAAAAUAACGUGGAAGCGGAAACUGUUGCCAUCCAAACCCGCCGUUUCAGGACAAUUACUGGAACCGUGAAACAAAUUUAUUUUUAUUACAAUGAGAAGCUGGAAAAAUCACGUGCGCGCUCAACUGCAGCACAGAGACCAAACAGAGAAAGUGCCAUUUGUUGGCGUCUUCACGACCUUGUCUCAGCUGGAGGAACGUUUUGAUUUUCGCAAACAAAUUUUGGAUGAUGUUCAGUCUAAGAGUUUGGAAAGAUGUGGACUUGAAGUUGGCAAAAACACCAGACUUCUUCAACUCCUACUGAGAGAGAGUGAACACCUGGCAGAAAAGCUGUCUCAGACUGUCUCUGACCUGACCACCGUCCUGUAUCUGAAAGAGGCUGAACUGCAGUACUGGCAGUCACGUGUGUCCCACUAUCGUCAAGAGGCACUUACUCUGGCUAAAGGGAGCAACACCCUGAAGGCGACCUUCAAUGAAUUUGAGUUCACCAUUGAGUGUCAAUCCAAAGAGUUGGCAGCCCUGCGAGCAGAGCAGAAAGGACUAAAUGAGGCAUUGGCACAGGCCUGCAGAGAGAAAGAAGAACUCUUGCAACGAUGGAUGGAGGAGAAGAGAGAUGAGGCAGAGCGGUUGAAUAAGUACAACGACACACAGGAACGGUGGCAACGUUUGGCCAAAGAGCUGAAGAAGCACCUCGACUCUAGGGAGAUGAGAAAAGAGUGUGUUCCCAUAGUGACGACGAGUUCCUGGAGUGGUGAAACAGAAACGCCUACGUCAGCCAUUCAGAGGAUCAAUAAUACAACAGAUACACACCAGGGACACUCAGACCACAACCAUGUCUCAGCCGGAGCAAGAGUCUAAUAUUCCCAAGGGAUCCUGGAGACGUCCGCACAAAGAUUACCUCUAUGUAUGUUUUCCCCAGUCUACGUCUCCUAAUUUAAAUGUAUUAAAAAAAUGUAAUUUCCACCAUAUUCUCUAAACGUAUAGCUUAAUUUAGACCUAAUUUGAUACCUCAAAUCUCUCUUUUCCCAACUAAUGCCAGUUACACUCCCUUAAUUUAUACAUCUGAUUUUUUUUCCAGAUUAACACCUCUCACUAAAGAAUUAAAAAAAUCCUUCUAGUUGUACAAUUUAAAUGGAUAAAGCAUUGAAACAACCUCUGCUCUGAUCACUUAAACUGCAGGAGUUGAUGCUUUUUUACAGUCAAGGUGGCACUUAUGACUAUGUGUCUAUUUAAAUUUUGAUUUUAAUUCAUUUGCAAAGAAAAUCAUGUGAAUCAUUUUUUACUCACAAGGUCAAAAAGUACUUAAAGGCACUUAAAAAACCUGGGACGUUUAAAGCUUUCUUUUUAAUACAUUUUUAAAUUACUUUUGUAUAAUCAAGAACUCAUAUUAAACUAUAUUGCAAAUGAAUCUGUGUUAUUGUAUAUAUGUAUGUGUAUUUCUAGAUCCAGUGUUGUGAAAAAUAAAGACUUAUAUUCUAA